AUGCCAUUCCUACGCCGCCGCGGCAUCAUGGCCAGUGAGACCGACAUGCGUCGCCACAACGUGCCCUUUGCGCCGCAAGCCGACGAUGUCCCUGAACUGCCGCUCCAGGUCAAGCUGCCAGAUGCGGCCACUGAGCCUGAGCCUGAACCUGAACAUGAACCCGAGCCCGAGCCUGAGUCCGCGAGAUCUCGGCCGCAGAGCCGCGAAUCUGACACUUCCUUGGAUCGUCCCAUCACCCCGCCGGUCCAGCCGCAGUCCAACAAGCACCGUCGCUUCUCCGUCCUGCGAUUUCGAAAUGCCUCCGAUUCGCAGCUGUCUCUCCGAGUCAAGCAGGCGGCCGAGAAGCCCCCUCCUGUGCCUCGACCUCCUGCCAUCAUCACCACAGCUCCCACCAUGGAAAUUGGUAACCUAAAGAAAUCCGCCUCCCGCCUGGGACUGGCCGCAAUGCUGCGACGCUCCACGGACAUCCCUCGUGACGAUCCUUUAUCCACCAGUGCCAACCGCCGCCACCACGAUCCUAUGCCUAGAAAGUCUACAGGCGACCAAGGACGGCCCUCGCUGAGCGUUACGGACGAGCCUCAAUCGCCGCGGCCGUCGACCCAGACCACGGUUGAUUCCACCGGCACGGGACUCAACAUAGCGCCUCGACCAUCCGAAUCUUCACGAUCAGAUGUUAGUUCUACUGAUCGAGUAUCUCACGCCAGCCUCAGUUCUACCCCCAAGAAGCCUUUACCAUCUACGCCCUUUUUUAGCAAAUUACGGCGAAACAAGAAGCCACCGGAGCCGCUGUUCCCCUUUGCACACCUCCGACAAGAGGGCAGCGUCGCUGCGACUGAUCGAUCCUCGACUACAUCCUUGGGCGUGGAGGCCACACCACGCCCACCUUCGGCCCAGAGUGCAGGCACUCAUCCCGGCGAAAACGAACAAGGCCCUCAGCUAAACCCAGCCAUUGCCUUUUUCAAUGCAAAUGGUGGACCGCGUUCCGACCAUUCCUCCCCCACACGGACGCCUACACGACGGGGGAGAUCAUCUACGUUAAGCUCUAUAGGCAGAGAUUCUAACGAUGAGCAUCUCGUCCCCCCCACCGCUACGCGGACAUCAACCUCUAUCGGCCGUAAGAGCUUUGGCGACUUAUUGGGCUUGACUCGUCUUCGUCAGAACUCGGACCUUAGCCGGCAGGGCUCCUUCACACCCGCCACGCCAGGAUCUGUUGCGUCAAAGAGCAAUUCUCUUCAGCUGCCAAGAGAGGAGUCUGUAGUCCUUCCAGAGCGAUUCGAGGACGAGUCUCCUGCCAAGUAUAUUGCCCGUAUCGAAGGAAUGGUUAGCAGAGGCGUCGUAGCUGCCGCGCUGUCAAAGGGCACGGACUCCUUUUUUACCGCCGCUUUGAGAAGCUUCAUGAGGACUUUUAGCUUUUUCGGAGACCCCAUGGACAUGGCCAUUCGAAAGCUCUUGAUGGAGGUUGAGCUCCCCAAAGAGACGCAGCAGAUUGACCGAUUUCUGCAAGCGUUUGCAAAUCGCUAUCAUGAAUGCAACCCUGGCAUCUACUCCACUCCUGAUCAGGCAUACUUCAUCGCCUUCUCUCUGCUCAUUCUCCACACGGACGUUUUCAAUAAGAACAACAAGCACAAAAUGCAAAAGACUGAUUAUCUGAAAAACACUCGCGGGGAGGGCAUUUUCGACGACAUCCUUGAGUGCUUCUAUGACAACAUUUGCUAUACCCCUUUCAUUCACGUUGAAGAUGACCUGGAACUCAACAGCGAGCGUCAGGGCCCAGGCAGCAUCAAGUCGAAGAGGAAACUUGCUAUCCCAGCCCCCGUGGCCGAUCCUGCCAAACGGGCGGCAAAAGAACCCCUCGACCCCUAUACUCUCAUAAUUGAUGGAAAUUUAGAUGUCCUGAGGCCGAAUCUCAAGGCCACCAUACCCAUGGAGGACCAGUAUAAUUACUUGGGUUCGGCACAGUCCCUCAAUCUCAAGGACUUGCAAAAGACAUUCUUCAGGACCGGUGUUUUGCAAAUCGUCUCCGCUCGGUCUCGUCCUGACGCAUUCAUGUCCGAUAACCCUCUAGAGAACACAGAUGAUGCACCCGGAAUCGUCGACAUCAAAAUCACAAAAGUCGGUCUACUUUGGCGCAAAGAAGCCAAAAAGAGAAAGACGCGAUCUCCAUGGCAGGAAUGGGGGGCUAUUCUCACCGGCGCUCAGCUCUACUUCUUUCGCAACACCAGCUGGGUAAAGAAUCUCAUGCACCAGUAUGAUAGCCAUAUCAAAGCAGGACACGAUGGCAUACCAAUCACUUUUAAGCCACCGCUAGAAGAGUUUAAACCUGAUGCCCUCAUGUCUACCAAGGGCGCCGUAGCUCUCCUUGACACUUCGUAUAAAAAACAUAAGAACGCUUUCAUCUACGUGAGGCAAGGGGGGUUGGACGAAGUUCUUCUCGCCGAUGAUGAACAUGAGCUUAAUGAUUGGUUGGCAAAACUCAACUACGCCGCCGCCUUUGGAACAUCCGGCGUGAAGAUGCGUGGUGUUGGUGGAGCCACAUAUGACGGCCACAGUCGCCGAGCCUUUAGAAGACUUGACAGUUCUGACGCCACGCAACUUGUUGACACCCCAACUGGCCCUGUAUCGAUUGCCAAGAGCCGGAUCGAUUACAAGAUGGCUCAAGAUAUUCAACUGGCGAGACGUGAGUUCAUGCAGGAAAAGAUUGCCGAAGCAAAUCAAAAGAUAGAGGACUCCAAGAAGGCUUUGGAGAAUCAACUCAGGAAUGCUCGGCAUUUGCAGAUACUGGCACCUAUCCAACCGAGGACCAGAGAGCAGCUUCUCCUGGCUGCGGCCCGCAUGUCUGCGCAGCUUCGAUGGGCGCGAAUGGAGAUUUGGAAAGAAAUAUGCCAUCGCGAUAUCUUGGUCCUGGACCUCAAAGAAGAAGGAGAAGUGGUUACGGAGACAAAGGUCACGGCCGACGGCCCGCUUACGGUUGAAGAGCGUCGCGUGUCUUCAGCACCGCAUCCAUCCGCAGCUAAACGACCCGAGUCCCAAUCCCAGGCGUCAGUAGUAGCCUCCGAAAAGAUACCGCAGUCGCCUGCUACAGAAAAUCUCCCAUCCUUCUUCACGGACAAAGAUGAGUUCACCUUGGAAUUGCAGGAUCCGGCUAGACCAGCAUCUCCUCCGGCAACACGGCCAGCAACACGGCCAACAAGUGAAGUGUACCCACCAUCCGAAGUGCAAGAAACACCCAAGGUCGAUCUUGGAAGUAUCAGACACGGCUCAAUUUCAAGUAUUACUGCUUCCCCUGCGCAGCUACCAAUUGCCAAGAUUCAAAGCACGCAGCUCGAACCUCAUGAUGAAGAUGAGGCGGCAUCGGUCAAGUCUCACCACGCGCACGAUGAUGAAGUGGAUGCCGACGAACGACAAUUCUUGAAACAAGCUGGCCUGCUGCAGGGAAGAGUAGGGAGGGAUCCAUCGGACAAGGCUAUCACGUCGACCACUGGAGAAGCCGCCGAGCCUGGAGAUAAAUUUGAGAGAAAUAAAAUUCGACGCAGUCUCCAACGCACCCUUAGGGAGAGUGCUGGUCACCUCUCCCAUCACCGGAGCAGGAAAGGCAGGGAGGGAGGUCCAGCUGCUUCAUCAGAGGAUGCUGCUCGGGACAGUACGUUGGCACGAGGCACCGGAAGCUUUGUUGUUCAUGGAAAGAAGGCCUCUGUUAUCAACCUAGGCACAGAGCUGCAGGUCCUGAGCAACGAGGAGCAGAUUUUGGCUCGAAAACAGCAGCAACAGAGCAAUCGGCAAUCGUGUGAUCAGCCACCUGCCCCUGUGCUAAAUGAAGAAGUGGAUGACGACUUUUACUCCGUUCUUGAGGCCCCCCUGGAGGAGGGCGAGGGUGAGGGUGAGGGCGAUGGCAAUGGCGAGGGUGAGUCUCGCAAUCGGAGAGCGUCUGCCGCUAGUGCUAGCACAGCUACGGCGAGAAGUUUCCGUGAACUUCACCGGAAAUAUUCGUCUGCUCAACAUCGAAGUGUAUCCGCAGCGGGAAGGCUGGCAGUUCCCUCAGAUGCGGAAAGUGAGGUGGCAGUGAGCUUUUCUGACGGACGAAGAUCUCCCCUGCCCCCUAUGGAAACAGAAGAAGAUGAGAAUGGCGCCAAGGAUUUGGCUGUGGAUGAAUCGGCUAUAAGCGAAGAUGAUGAAGAUACCACAUUGGAGUUGGAACAAGAAGACGAGAAACCAUUAGAGCGUAAAACGGAAAAUCCGGUGCAAGAAAAAGAGCCAGCAAGCGAAGAGGCCGAGGGGUCUGAAUCUCUACUAAACCGACCUCUUCAGGCAGUCAAUGCAUGA